AUGUCUUCCAACCCGUUCAUCCCCCUGGCGACAAUUCAGCUGCCCUCGCCUGCUCGUCUACUUCCGUCUUCAUGGUGUCCGGACAAAGACUUGCUAGUGGUUAUCACCCAACUUGGCGGGAAGGACAGGCUCAGCCUGUGGAAAAUGCAAGGGUCUAAGAAAUGGGAAGUAGGAUUUGACUCUGACAUUACUACUGCUACGGAUGAAAUAGUCGGCAUCGCCUGGAGUCCAGAUGGCCAGUCUAUCGCCGCCGCUCACAACCCUCCUAGAAUAACAAUACAUUCGAUACAGGAUGGCCACGAAGAGCGGUCUCUACCUGUUUCCCGCACUUUCAUGUCCGGUCAGAAAGGGGCCGCGCCCCUUGUUGAUGUCUGGUGGGCCGCCCAGGUAAAGAAACCUGUGAAUAGUAUCAUUCCGGACAUAUUCAGAAGAGGAGACAAUAUUACAGGUUCAGCCCACUCAAUGCUCAAGAGCCUCCCUCUCCUAGAUUCUCUGCAUGAUGAGUCUGCGCCGCUGACCGCCGCCGAUCUCUUUGCCUUCCAAGGAAAGCAAACCCGCCCGGCGAUCUCAUCUCUACCGCCACUGAUAUCGUCGUGGCCAACACUACCCAGCGACCUACUGUCUGCAUCCAUUCAACCGCCUAAGUUAGGUGGUAAUCGAAUGCGGCCAGGAGAAGAUUUGGACGAAGCAGACGACGCAAACGUUGACAGUCUUCUGAUAACUUCUGAUAACUCUGGGUAUAUCUACUGUUACCUUGACGGCACUUACUCCCUUGGAGCAAUUCGGGUGGGAGGUGGUUCAUUCAUGACGUCGUUUUACAAAGACAGGGAGCUACUCUUCGCGCAUUCUCGGUACUUCCGACCUCCUAAUGCCCCGUUGACAAGCCUCCGGGCGUUUGAAAUCCAUCUGCCCUAUCUCCAGCGACAUACAGUGCGAGAUGUUGCAAGGGUGUCUUCGUCCGUCCGCGAGUUGGUAUGGUAUCUCAUGCGCGUGAUCAGGGACAUGCGUGCCUCUUGGUUCGCCUCUGAAACUCACAGCGGGGCUCGCGAACUUGGUCCGAGGUGGGUUCAGGAAUUCGAGGCAAGACAGAAGGAUGAAUUUGGCCAAGAGGAGCCUAAUGCCAUACUUGAUAUGACAGUCCUGCUCACUACAGGCCGGUCUUCCGAGGCACUUGGCGACUAUCUAGGCAGUGGAGUUCAAGUUAGCGAAAGGGGCAUACAAAAGUGGGAGACGACAAUGGUCGACGCGUUAACGAAAUUACGUGACCUAUCGGAGAAGAAUAUUGCUUCUGCCUGCCAGCGCCUGCACAUUCUACUAGAGGAAGUCUUUGGAUGGUCGCUGCUGCCUCAGUAUCACGCAUGCGCAAUCGACCCACCCGAAGUUGAAGCAUGCAUGCAGAUGGCUGGCCGCGCGAUUGUGCUCGCUGGAUGGCUGGCCGCUACGUCGCGGGAAGAGCUGGGUCGUUUCAAGGAGUUCAUUUCUUGGCUCAAAUAUGAGGUAGUGUGCGCCAGCACCCCGCUUGACGCUCAACGGCCACCCCCUAAGCACGACAUCCUCGAGGUCAAUGACUACCUAGCCUCGGGGUUGGUAGUAAGCCCGAUCGACAAGUGGUUUACGGGUCCGAUUCCCAAAUUUUCCGUCCAGGACCUUGGUGUUCCAGCCACGCGGCAGGAUUUAAAUGCUGCGAUGGAGCGCGCCCGCGACGCUCUGAAAGAUCCGCAACGAGUAGCAUGGUUGUCUGUAAGUCCGACCGCUACGCGUAUACUUGGAUUGAUCAACGAUCGACCGGAGCUGGCUGCACGCUGCCAGCGGAUUUUUGUUGAAGCUGCUGGCGCUGCUACGCGCUCGUCACAGGUGCUGUCGGCAGGGAGUCUUAUGCAGCUGCAAGACACGACGUUGCUGCAUGCUGUGGCGUCAAAGCCUUCUCCUCUCAUCCGAGAGCGGACCAAGGCGGACGACGGGCAGCCCGGGUUUUUCUUGCAGCACUUGCUGAUCCAGACGCCGCAAGAAGAGGAUCGCUCCCGUCUUUGCAUAGCACGGAUGCAUCAUGGCCCUCAGACGGGGACGAAAUCGCUGGAGAUUAGUGUUGCCGUGAUGGAAUGCAGCCUGGCAGACGAGGAAGGGGGCGGGGGGACGAUACCGUUCAGGCUGCUUGAUGCGCAGUUUUUCGACGACGCGGUUUUGAUGGUUGUCUACCGUACCGAAGAAGAAGGAGGUGCUUCUAUCGCGAGUGUCGGCUACGCUGAUUUGAUGUACACGCGCGUUGAAUUGGAGAAGUACGUAAGCGAUUUUGCUAGGGAAUCCCUGAUGGCAGAAGUGAUGGGGCAGCUGAGGGAUGGGCGGCUGUCGGCGGUGCCUGCGCGGGUCAUUCGGACACGGCCGUUGGCUGGGUGCAGAGAAGGGGGGGUGUCCCUGGCGGUGAACGGCCGGGUCGGCCGGAGGGUAGCGUGUGUGUUGGAUGGGGCGGGGGUGGGGCUGGAGCUGCUGGAUAUAGAAGGGGAGGAGGAGGAGGAGGAGGAGGAGGAGGAAAUGACCACUGCAGAGGGGUGA